GGCUGUCAGGGACACAUGAACGGUGAUAAUAUCCACGGAACAGGCUGCAGGCAGCAGGAGGAACAAAGAGAGCCGCCCGCUCCCUGUAAAAACUGUUUCCACUUCGUCAACACGGACACAUAUCGACUUUGCAGAAGCAUUUAUUAGGUUACUUUGAAUACUUCGUCCAAAGUGUCCAACGUCAUUCUGCGCGCUAAUUCCGACUGGUCGGCUUUGUUGAGGAAAGAGGAAACUUGGCGUCGUGCGAGGUUUGUCGGGUCGCCUUGUUUGAAACCUCCGUGCCUCGGAUACGCUGACUGGAAGGUAACGCACGGGAACAAGCAGAGCUUUGAUGUUGUGACCUGCGCCCGCUUGAUUUGGCAGAGAUGUACUGUUCUCAAGACGCCUGCAGUUGGAUGGAUUAACAGGAGUGUCAUUCCCCCUGGUAGAAGAGAGUGUCUGUGUCCAACGGCAUCUUUCCACCCAGGACCCACAGUGUUGCUGUUGCGCCCAUGAGGUAACGUCAGGACCGAUCACCCCCUCAUUGCCACCCUUGGUCCAUCCAUUUCCCUCCCCUCUGCCCCUUCCUCCCUUGGACCCACCCAGCCAUGGGCCAGAAGAUCUCAGGCAGUAUCAAGUCAGUGGAUGUACGCGGGGAGCCCUCCUAUCGGCCAGUGCGCCGUGAACUUCGGGGUCCAGAUUUCUGUCGGCCCCCGAGGCUGGACUUACUGCUGGACAUGCCGCCAGCCACGUCUGAGACCCAGCUGCGCCACGCCUGGAACCCUGACGACCGGUCCCUCAACGUGUUCGUGAAGGAGGAUGACAAGCUGACGUUCCACCGACACCCCGUAGCACAGAGCACAGACUGUAUCCGUGGCAAGGUGGGCUACACUAGGGGCCUCCACGUUUGGAGGAUUCAUUGGCCGGCCAGACAGAGAGGCACACACGCCGUAGUGGGCGUGGCCACAGCCGAAGCACCUUUACACUCAGUGGGCUACACGGCCCUGGUGGGAUCGGACUCAGAGUCCUGGGGCUGGGACCUGGGUCGGAACAGAUUAUACCAUGAUGGAAAAAACCGGCCAGUUUCCACGUCGGCACCCACAUACCCCUGUUUUCUGGAGCCAGACGAGUCAUUUGUGCUUCCAGAUUCUCUGACAGUCAUACUAGAUAUGGACGAGGGCACACUGAGCUUCAUGGUAGACGGACAGUAUCUGGGAGUAGCUUUCAGGGGCUUAAAGGGCAAGAGACUGUAUCCCAUCGUCAGCGCUGUGUGGGGGCACUGUGAAGUUUCUAUUCGCUACGUCAACGGACUGGAUCCGGAGCCCCUCCCCCUCAUGGACCUGUGCAGGCGAGUAGCUCGUCUGGCUCUGGGCAGGGAGCGCAUCCAUCACAUCGACACACUCCCACUGCCGCAGACUCUCAAGAACUACCUCCAGUACCAGUGACCAGGCACACAUACAGAUGGGAAAGAAACUGAGGCCCAUUUCUUAUUACAGUAACCAGCCUCCAAACUGAACUUAAUCAUAAACCGUGAGACAUCUGCUGUGGACGGGGACGAUGACAUUGACUGAGAACAGGCAGUGAAGAUGGCGCUGCAAGGGGUUCUGUUUACACCAGUUGGGGGUUUGGAUGUUUUUAUCUCCUGGUUUUCAGCUUUUUUUUUUGUUUUGUUUUGUUUUUUUUUUUUGUUUGUUUAUUUCUGACUGCUGUCUUUUCCUGGACGGACGACUGUAGAGGAGCUGAUGCAUCACAUGAAGGCAGUGAGAAUAUUGCAAUCCAGUUUCCUGUAAAUCACAAAGUCAAUCUACAUGUCUUCAGUUUGAAAGACCGUAAAUGCUGUGGGAGAGAGAGAGAGAGAGACAGAGGGAGGGAGGGAGGGAGAGAGAGAGAGAGAGAGAGAGAGAGAGUGAGAGACUUAAGUCCACACAAACUCAAAUCCCCGCCACACACACUGCUUUGAAUGUUUUUUUUUUCUUUUCUUUUGCUAUUUUGGUCCGUGUGUACACACUGUAUCGCACAUGAAUUACAUACACUGCAUGUAUGUGUGUGUCACGAGUGUGCAGAAACAAAGACCUCACUGUCUGUAGUAAGAAAACAGCUCACUGACAAGCAGGCAGUUCCCACAUACAGGCUGAAUAACACAAUCCCAAUCUGUUUUUGAACAUUUUGAAUCCCCUCCUGCCAGCUCCUCUCUCUCUCUCUCUCUCUCUCUCUCUCUCUCUCUCUCUCUCUCUGUAUGUGUCUCUCUUGUUUGAUUUAAGCCUCCAUCAGGUUUGGUGAACUCGAAGGACUGCGCCCGUUGUUUAUCGGCUCUCCAGCUCCUGUAACGCUGAUAGAGAUUGAUCUGAAGGUCUUGGACUGCUAAUGUGCCUGUUCUGAGACAGUGUGUGCACACACACACACAAAGAAGCACAUGACACUUCUGCAUUAUCAAAAGACAGUUCUUUCCCCCCUUCAAAGUUUUAAAUGCUGCUUUUCUAUCUUUUUCUUGCACCGUCUUACACUCAUGUGGGUUUUUAAUCCCUGAUUUACUUUAGAAAAUUAUCUUAUGAUGAGAUUUUUUUUAACGUUCUUUUUUUUCUAUGGAUUUUGAGAUUUGUUUAGGGGGGGCAGGAUGUCUCGCAGGUAUAGGUGGAAGAAUGUGCUGCCAUGAGAAUCUUUUAAAUGUGAAUAAGAAUAAACUCAGCUAAACUCA